GAUGUUAAAUGUGUUAGCAGCUUUUCAAGUGGAAGUACUAUAGAUUCCUUGUUUCUUCAUUGCAUUUGCACGGUGUUUUCUUCCUACUGAAGUAAGCUAGUUGCCUCUCAUUAGUAAAGCUACUUCAUUUGACUCUGUAAUUUUCAGAAGAAGGAUCAGUGGAUAUGAUGAUGGAAGGUGAAGGUAGUAGUAGCAGCAAGAAGAGAGGAGUUCAAAAUCAUGACAAUGGCUUCAUUAAUACUCUCUUUUCUUGGUCUCUUGAUGACAUUUGCAAUGAAAAUCUUUUCAGUCAUAAGGUGGAAAAAAUACCUGAAUCAUUUGAGUCUGUCACUCAGUAUUUCGAAUCAUUUGUUUAUCCUUUGUUGGAAGAAACAAGGGCACAACUGUUUUCACCCAUGGAGACCAUUUCAAGAGCACCUUAUGCUAAGGUGGAUGUUUUUAGGCCCCAUGGACCUGAGUUACAUGAUGUUAAGAUUGAUUACUGGAGGAACAGGUUCAGUAACAAUGGUAAAGAGCCUUAUAAAACUUUACCGGGGGAUAUUUUACUUUUAGCAGAUGCCAAGCCUGAAACUAUUUCCGACUUGGAGAGGGUUGGUAGAAUGUGGUCUUUUCUAUCAGUCAUGAAAAUCGCAGGGGAUGAUGAUGAAAAUGAUAACGAUACCACUUCUACUUACUUCAAAGUGAAGGCUUCAAAAAGCAUCCAGCAGUUUGAUGGGGAGAAAUCACUGUUUGUGAUUUUCUUGGCAAAUAUUACUACUAACAGAAGAAUAUGGAAAUCCUUGAACAUGUCUCGAAAUUUCAAGAUUUUCAAUGAAGUUUUACGCAGGAAUUCUGUGUUGGAGGAAAGUUGCCAAGUCUGUUCUGAACUGAAUGGAGCCAUCUUAUAUGAGAAAUUUGGUAGUGGUUUAUCAUCAACAUUGAAUGUUUCACAAUUGAAUGCAGUUCUUGCCUGUCUUGAUGGAGUGCGUUGUGAUCACAAGUCCUCUGUGCAACUUAUAUGGGGUCCACCUGGAACAGGGAAGACUAAAGCUGUUAGUAUGCUUCUCUUUACGCUGUUGAAAACAAAAUGCAGAACCCUUACUUGUGCCCCGACAAAUGUUGCAAUUACUGAAGUUGCUUCUCGUGUUCUGAAGCUGCUGAAAGAAUCGAUUAAAACUGACGACUAUGGAAGUGAGACUCUGUUGCUUCCUCUUGGAGAUAUUCUCUUGUUUGGGGGUAAGGAGAGACUCAAAGUUGGUCAAGAAAUAGAAGAAAUAUAUCUGGAUUAUCGUGUUAAAAGGCUUUCAGAGUGUUUUGGUGUGCUGACUGGCUGGAGGCAUUGCUUCUCAUCCAUGAUGGAUUUACUUGAAGAUUGUGUUUCUCAGUAUCAUAUUUUCUUGGAGAAUAAAUUGAUAAAGAAGAGAGAAAGCAUUGACAAAAAUGAAGUCAAAGAGAAUUACAGGAAUAUGGAAAUGGAAGGUGACAAUGAGGAGUUUAAUUCAUUUCUUGAAUUUGUGAGAGAUAGAUUCAAACAUACUGCCACUCCUCUUAGAAAUUGUGUAUAUAUCUUCUGCACUCAUAUACCCAAAAGUUUCAUUUUGGAAAGUAAUUUUCAAAAUAUGGCAGAUCUUAUCAGUUUACUUGAUUCUUUCGAAACUUUGUUGUUUCAAAAAAAUGUAGUUUCUGACGAGCUGCAAGAGUUCUUUUCACAUUCAGUAGCUGAAGAGUUUUUUUCAUCACCUGGGCAUAGAAAUUACUUGUUGCAGAAAAGAAGAAGUGAAUGCCAUACAGUUUUAAGAAAUCUUCAUGAUUCCUUUAGUAAACUUGAGUUUCCAAGUGGUAUGAACGAAGAUUCAUUAAAAGAUUUCUGUUUUAAAACAGCUUCUGUAAUAUUUUGCACUGCCUCUAGUUCAUUUAAGCUGCAUUAUGUGGACAUGGAACCACUGAACAUUCUGGUAAUUGAUGAAGCGGCACAACUAAGAGAAAGUGAGUCGACAAUACCGCUGAAACUGUUCGGCAUAAAUCACACUAUUCUCAUUGGGGAUGAGUGCCAAUUGCCAGCAACGGUUAAAAGCAAGGUUUCUGAUGAAGCUUCUUUCGGUAGAAGCUUAUUUGAGAGGCUGAGCUCAUUGGGUCACUCUAAACACCUGCUCAAUACACAGUAUCGGAUGCACCCCUCAAUUAGCUACUUCCCAAAUUUAUAUUUUUAUAACAACCAGAUUUGCGAUUCUCCUAAUGUUAAAAGAAAAAGCUACAAAAAGGUCUUUUUGCCAAGAUCUCCAAUAUUCCGUCCAUAUUCUUUCAUCAAUAUACUCGAAGGGAGAGAAGAGUUCAUUGGCCAUAGCUGCAGAAAUAUGGUUGAGGUAGCUGUUGUGAUGAAAAUAUUGCAGAACCUGUACAAAGAUUGGAAUGACUCAAAACAGAAGCUGAGCAUUGGCAUAGUCUCACCUUACAGUGCUCAAGUACAAGCAAUUAAAAAAAAACUUGGAGGCAAGUAUGAUGACUCUGAUGACUUUACUGUAAAAGUGAAGUCAAUUGAUGGGUUUCAAGGUGGUGAGGAGGACAUUAUUAUAAUUUCCACUGUGAGAAGCAACAAAAGUGGAUCCAUUGGAUUCUUGUCCAAGCCACAGAGAAUCAAUGUUGCGCUUACGAGGGCCAGGCACUGUUUAUGGAUUUUAGGGAAUGUAAGAACCUUAACUCAUGGUGAAUCUGUUUGGGAAAUCUUAAUCCAUGAUGCUAAGGACCGUUGUUGUUUCUUUAAUGCUGAUGAAGAUAAGGAUAUGGCCAAAGCUAUAUUAGAGGCCAAAAAAGAGCUUAAUGAAUUGGAUGAAUUGUUGAGUGCUGACAGUAUACUUUUCAGAAAUCAAAAGUGGAAGGUUGUUUUUAGUGAUAACUUCUUGAAAUCUUUUAAAAGAAUGAAAUCAGACCGCGACAAGAAGUCGAUUAUCACCCUUUUAGUGAAACUUUCAACUGGCUGGCGACCUAAGAGAAGGAACAUAGAUACUAUUUGCCAAAGCUCUUUGCACAUUAUUAAGCAAUUUAAAGUUGAGGGUCUAUAUACAAUUUGCACUGUUGACAUAGUGAAGGAAUCAAUGUACAUCCAAGUUUUGAAGGUCUGGGAUAUAUUGCCUUUGGAGGAUGUUCCAGAAUUGGUAAAACGUUUGGAUGAUAUAUUUGUUAGGUACACUAAUGACUACAUCAACCGUUGCAAAGAGAAAUAUAUUGAAGGGAAUUUGGAAGUUCCCAAGACUUGGGCAGUCUCUUCAGAAAUCAUUCGAUUCAAGAAUCUUGCUGACAUUAAGAGUGGAAGUGACUUAAGUGGAGCUCCUUUAGACAGUAUGAGUUAUGUUGAGAAUUCAAAUGUGGCUGAAAGUUUGCUUUUAAUGAAAUUCUACGCUUUAUCAUCAGGUAUUGUGAGCCAUUUGCUUUCUGACCGUGAUGGUAGAGAAUUGGAUCUUCCAUUUGAAGUAACGGAUGAACAGUUGGAGAUGAUUCUUUAUCCUAGAAGCACCUUUAUACUUGGUAGGUCAGGUACAGGGAAAACUACUGUGUUGACAAUGAAAUUAUUUCAGAAAGAAAAACUACAUCACAUGGCAACAGAAGGAUUCUAUGGAGAUCAUUAUCAUAAGCAUAUGCAUACUACUCAGGAAAAUGAUGUUGAGACGGUUAUUGGAGAGAAGAAACUAAAUAUCUUGCGCCAACUUUUCGUGACAGUGAGUCCUAAAUUGUGUUUUGCUGUAAAGCAACACAUUUCUCACUUGAAAAGCUCUACCCUGGGUGAGAAGUUUAUAGGAGAAGGUAGUUUACUAGACAUGGAUGAUAUUGUUGAUGGGGCACAAUUCAAAGAUAUUCCAAACUCUUUUGUAGACAUUCCAUCUAAGUCAUACCCUCUUGUUUUAACGUAUCAUAAGUUCUUGAUGAUGCUGGAUGGAACAAUCGGUAAUUCAUAUUUUGAUAGAUUCCAUGACGUAAGGAAACACUCUGAUACUCUAAGUCAAAGGUUAAGAUCAGUUUCCUUAUAUUCAAUUAUGAGGACAAAGGAAGUUACUUAUGACAGGUUUAGUUUAUUUUAUUGGCCACAUUUUAAUGAAAAACUAACGAAGAAACUUGAUUCUUCAAGGGUUUUCACUGAGAUUAUAUCUUACAUAAAAGGAGGCUUGCAAUCCAUGGAGAUUCGUGAUGGUAAACUGAGUCGAGAAGAUUACGUGCUAUUAUCAGAGGGUAGAGUUUCCACUUUAAGCAGAUUGAAGAGGGAGAUUAUAUAUGAGAUAUUUCAAAACUAUGAGAAAAUGAAGAUGGCAAAUGGUGAAUUUGAUUUGGCUGAUCUAGUAAUUGAUCUUCAUCACCGACUUAAAAAGGGAAAAUAUCAUGGAGAUGAAAUUCAUUUUGUUUAUGUUGAUGAGGUGCAGGAUCUUACAGUGAGUCAAAUUGCUCUGUUCAAAUAUAUAUGCAAAAAUGUGGAAGAGGGAUUUGUUUUUUCUGGUGAUACAGCACAAACAAUUGCCAGGGGAGUUGACUUCAAAUUUGAAGACAUACGAUCUCUGUUCUACAAGAAGUUUGUCAUGGAAUCAAGAAGCAAUGGACAUGAUGGCAAAGAACAGAAAGGACAACUGUCAAAAAUUCUUAAUUUGAGCCAAAACUUUCGUACCCAUGUAGGUAUCCUGAAGUUAGCUCAGAGCAUCAUUGACCUCCUUUACCGUUUCUUCAAUCGCUUUGUUGAUGUUUUAAACCCUGAGACUAGUAUGAUAUAUGGGGAAUCUCCAAUUUUGCUUGAAUCUGAGAACAAUGAAAAUGCAAUCAUAAAAAUUUUUGGAAAGACUGGAAAUGCUGCUGGUGCCAUUGUUGGUUUUGGAGCGGAUCAGGUAAUAUUGGUACGGGAUGACAAUGCUCGGAAGAAUAUUUCUGUCUACGUCGGGAAUCAAGCUCUUGUUUUGACAAUAGUAGAGAGCAAAGGCCUUGAAUUUAAGGAUGUACUUUUAUACAACUUUUUUGGUUCGUCAAAUCUUAAGAAUCAAUGGCGAGUGAUUUAUGAAUAUAUGAAGGAACAAAGUUUGCUUGACUCUACAUCACCUAGUGCUUUCCCAAUCUUCAAUGAAGCUAAACACAACAUCUUGUGUGCUGAACUGAAGCAACUGUAUGUCGCCAUCACUCGCACAAGGCAAAGGUUAUGGAUCUGGGAGGAUAACGAGGAUGGCUCAAAACCUAUGUUUGACUAUUGGAAGAAGAAAUUUCUUGUUCAAGUCAAACAGUUGGAUGAUUCAUUUGUACAUGCAAUGCAAGUUGUGAGCACCCCAGAGGAGUGGAAAUUGAAGGGACUCAAGCUAUUUCAUGAAUGUAAUUAUGAAAUGGCAACUUUUUGCUUCGAAAGAGCUAAAGAUUUAUACUGGUUGGAAAGGUGUAAAGCUACUGCCCUUAAAGCUGAUGCUGACCGCAUCCGCAGUUUAAACCCUGUGGAGGCUAAUAUCAAACUAAGGCAAGCUGCUAUAAAAUUUGAAGCUAUAAACAAUGCUGAUUCAGCCGCCAAAUGUUUUUAUGAGUUGGGGGAGUAUGAAAGAGCUGGUAGGAUUUAUUUGGAAAAAUGUGAGGAACCAGAGCUGGAAAGAGCUGGGGAAUGUUUUUGUCUGGCUGGGCGCCAUGAGCUUGCUGCAAAGGUGUAUGCCAAGGGCAAUUUUUUAGCAGAAUGCUUGACUGUUUGCUCCAAAGGAAAGCUUUUUGAUGUUGGAUUGCAAUACAUAUAUUAUUGGAAACAACAUGCCGGUAACGAUAUUGAUCUUGUCCAAAGAAUCAAACAAAUAAGCAACAUUGAACAAGAAUUUCUGGAGAGUUGUGCUUUUCAUUAUCAUGAGCAUAAAGAUAGCAAGUCCAUGAUGAAAUUUGUGAAAGCCUUCCAGUCAUUGGAUUUGAAACGUAACUUUUUGAAGUCAUUGGAUUGCUUUGAUGAACUUAUACUUCUGGAAGAAGAAUCAGGAAACUUUCUAGACGCUGCAAAUAUUGCGAAAACAAGAGGAGAUAUUCUUGUUAGUGACUUGAGGUUAUUUGGGUCUUCUAAUAUAAUCAAAGUCAGCAUAAUUAUUUUGUUAGGUUAUGUUUUGUUUAAAAAUAGAUGAUGAUCCAUAUUUUAUGGAACUUUUUCUGAUACAAGUAUGGUUUGCCUUACUUCUUGGCAUGUGAACUUGUACCUUGAUGUAUAAAAUGACUUUAUUUUGGGAAUGAAAAUAGCUCUCUGUUUUUUCCU